AUGGUUGAAAUUGAAGAAAAUUUCAAACAACCUCAAAACCAUCAUUCUGUUAGAAAGUCCACUCAGAUUCCCAAAGCAAACACGAAUUUAUUCGAUUUUCCAUUGGAAUUAGUCUUCGGUUUUGUGAAAGUUUUCAAGUUGAAACUUUUCCUUUUGAUACUUUGCUUUGGUGGUUACCAAAGGAAGAUAACGAAUACUGUUUUCAACCAUAAAAAACUUUUCUGUCUUCUUCAUCUUAAUGAAAAAGUGAUUGAUAUCGCUUUGAAUUGCAUUGAUAAGAUUAGAGGUGAAAACUCGGACGAAUAUAAAAUUUGA